CCUUAAAAUAAAGAAGACACACAAAAGGUUAAACGACCUUUUCCACCUCUCUCUCACUCCGUUUUGCCUCUCGUUCCCUGGCAUCACCAUUCACCUCCCUAAAACCACCCAUUAACCUCUCUGCCUUCAUUAUCCAAAGCCAAACAACAACUAAAACCUCCGUUGCUCUGCUCUUACAGCACAUAGCUCACAUUGGCCAUGGUGGUGAUGGUGAUGAUGAUGUAGUCUCUGGUCUCUAAUCUCGCACCCCUGAUGAAAGCUCUGCCUUCUUUGCUUAUGAGCGAUUGCUCUGUUCCUUAGUGGGGUUCUUUUCUUUUCCCUUCUUUAGCAGAAACCACAGGGGAGUUCUCUUUCUGCUUUCUUCUCUCCAACCCUCAAAAAGGUUUGUUUCCAAAGAACCUGUCACCUGUCUUUUUACCACUUUUCCCAGUCAAAUACAUCCAUCGCCAGCAGCUUUAACGCAUCUAUCUAUAUAUAUACCCCCCAGAAGAUAUAUACAUAUAUAAUGGCGGUGGGUAGUUGCCAUUGAUGAUUGCUAACCCCUUCUUUGCCCCUGCAUCUAGCAAAGAUCUCUGCUUUUCUGUACUCAGUUUUAGCAGAGUCAGUUCUUCAGUUCAGAGCAGAGCAGCAUCCUCUAAUGGCACCAAAGGGCUGCAGAAUCAGCAGAAGAAGGUCCCCGAGAAGUUCAAGGACCACCUCAGCACCAUCGGCUGCUAAACCGAGACGGAACCGUCGCAAGAAGAGGCUCGGGAAGCCGAAGAACCAAGAAGUUCCCGCAGAUUCCCCAUCGACCUCGAUGUCUUCCUCCUGCACGAGCUCCUCCGGUAGCAACCCCGCUGGAACUGGGGGCAUCAGCUGCUCCACCCCGAAGGCUCGGAGAUACCGGAUACCAGCGAUCGAGACCUGCCCGCCCGCUCCGAAGAAGCAGAGGGUCGUGUCCAAGAACUGCUUCUUGCAGAGGAGGCCUAUCGCCUUCUUCGCUCACCCGGAUAUCGAGCUCUUCUUCAACUUCGCCUUUCGCGGUAUUUCGGUUUGAAGGGUCUUCUUUCUAUUUCCAUUUUUUUUUCUUUUUUUCUUUUUUCCUUUUUUGACCUAAUGGUCAUCGCUUCGGUUAACGUGAUGACCCCGCGAGGCUUUUCUCGGCCUCGGCCGAUGCUCGAGACAUGUGCAGCCUUCUCAUCAUGCACGGCUCGGGCGAAAUCGAAUAACCGAUAUGAUAAUUAGUACUAAGAUUGGAUUGAUGAGCCAUGUAGUUAGGGCUAGGGUUUGCUAGGAGAUGACACUAUAUAGUCAUUAAUUAGAUUAAAAUUUAGCUGGGAGGUCCAGCUAAAUUAAUUUUUGGAGUUAAUAAAACUCCAAAAUUAAUAUUUAGUUUUUUUUCCCCCUUUGCUGACUAUGUUGUGGGGAUUUGUGAGAGUGCAAAAUGUAGUGGGUUGGUUAGAUGUCUGUGGGUUUGUGAUUAUACGUAAUUAGCUUUUGUGCUUGUAAUUUAUCGGCUUUUGUUUGUCAAGUCAACCUGAGAAAGUAAAGGAUAUGACUUUUGAUCAAUCGAUUUGAUUAUGUUUA